CUUCACCAUUGGGCAGUCGAGCUGCAGCAUCUCUAACUAGACUUAGAAGUGUAACAAAAGGAGGUCUAUCUUUCGUUAAUAAUGAAUGUUCACGCGCUUUAUUGGGACUAGCAGCGUGAGGUGCAGUUCCUCCGACCCCACAACCUUUGACUGGUCCAACGACACUAGUAUAAGCAUUAAUAGUAUCGAGUGACCGAAAAUGAGUGAGUAUCUCACGAACCUUAAGUUUUAGACCCAUGUUUGAUCAAUGACGUUUAAAACUUUAUUCUAGGACCUACCAUUCUUAAGAUACUCACUCAUUUUCGGUCACCCGAUAUAAACCAUGAAAAAUUACAUAGAGAUAAAAUGAUUGCUAAGAGUCAGAGAAAUAAACAUUGAAGAAAAAAUUAGUAGGACAAUUACUUUAUUGCGUAAUUUCAAUCGAAUAUUAAUAAGCUUAUAAUUGAGUAUAGAAUAGACAAAGGAAUACUAUGUAUUCAUUUCAGAAUUGAGUUCAGACGUCAAUUUUAUUGUCCCUAACCAUUAGGACUUAUCAGGGGCUAACAAUCAAUCAUAUUGAUACGAUCCAUCCAGGGCUCUCUAUGAUCAUUAACUUAAUUUCUUUAAAAUAUCAAAUCAAUGUUCAAUAAUCAAUUUGUAUUAGGAUUGUGCUACAAUAAAUCCAAUUUAGUCUAUAAAUCCUGAUUUAAUAUUUUCUUAUUUAAAGAUAGUUUAAUUCCUCGAUUUCUUCAUCACUUACAUUACAUCUAAAAUUGAUGAAAAUUUCUACUCCACGACCAUGAGUUUCAAUCAUUUGAGAAGAUUGAGAAGUUACCUGGUGACCUUUUACCUUUAUGUUAAGUCUUUAUUCAAUCCACCAGAAAAUGUGACUGAUGAGACAAUCAGAUUGCUCGAUCAACUUGAUUGGUUUUCAUUUGUAUUUCUUAGUUCUCGACGAGGAUUCUCACAGAAACUUGACCAACCGAUAUCAUUCAAAACUCAAUUGUUUCACAAUUUAUUUCGAUUAAUUUAUUGUGUCGUUUUAUUGAGAAUCGUUAGCUUAAUAUUCAUCAAAGAUCAUUUCUAUCGGAUGAUUGCUGGUGAUCUAAAUAUUGAGAAUCACGAUUAUGUUUUAUUUUUCUUGGCACUUUGGUUGACAAUUUUACUUAUACUUCGAGAAUAUGUACUUUAUAUUGAAGAACGAGGUGCUUACGUUUUACUUAAACGAUAUAUCGUCAUGCAAAUAAAUGGAUUCUCAGUUGAUCAUUUGAGUUUCACGCAAUCGAAAGUGACCAUUAACAAAUUCCGAUUCUAUUUGACAAUGAAAAUGUAUACAGGACUGGUCAAAUUCGCACAUACAAUCGUACCUAUAGUUAUCGUUCUUAUUAGACUGAAUGAUCCUUCAACAUUUUCGAGUUCACUUUCGCUCAUUUCAUCUUGUUUUUGGUGUUUUGCUGAGAUUAUAACGGUAACCAUAAUCGUAUGUGGAUUAGCAGUUAAUGGAAUAAAUUUACUUAUCAUUGUUGUCACUAAUUACUUUGAUCUUAUGAGCUUGAUUAGAUUGUGCUCAUCAUAUUCCAAACAUGGUGGGCAAUUAAGUCGUGAUUUCAUGAUUAAAACUCUAACCAAGCGAGCAACCAAAUUUUCUAAUGAAUUUGUUAAACUGAUCAGCCAAUUCAGAUACUGUACAUUAUUAUUCAUGAUUUUCUGUGCAUUUCUUUCUGAUUUAUUCAUAAUCAUGAGCUUAAUCAUACCGAUAAUUUCAGAUUCAUUCUCUUAUUUUCUUACAAUCGAUGCGUUUAUUAUGAUGACAAACGUUAGUACGAUUAUGUUUUUAGCUGCAGAUUUUCAUUCAAAGGUAAAUUCGAGAGAUAACAAAAGAAAUAUUCAAUAACUGACCUUUAGUUAUCUAAUUUAGGCCCAAAAUCUUCAUUUCGUUUUGACAAAACUUUUGAUUCGCUCGAAAACUCGUAUUGAUACGAGUUUCAAGGUAAGACAACUAAGUGAAUUAAGAUUAAUUUUGAUAAUUUACUAUUAUUGAUUGAAUUGGUUAGACGAUGGUGCUACUUGAUCGUCUCAUGUACCCUGAUAUUUGUGUUGUUGUCGGUGAUUGGUUCAUAUUUGAAAAACAAACCACAAUUUUUGUGAGUAAAUUUAUGUUCAGAGUUCCUUGAAUAGAUUCAUUAGAAUAUCUUUCUGUCUCGAUUAAAGUUUAUCCUCGAAAACGCAAGCAUGAUUAUGCUCUUGGUCGUAAAUCUCAAUUCAGUUAUGGCGAGGCAAGUAACAAUUUGAAUUGUCAUUUCUAUCACUCUCAAACUUUAUUCAAUUUUGCGAAACCCGAAUUUGAACUCAUGUAUAUUUUAAAUUACAUGUAUUUAUUUAAUUUCAAUGUAAUAUUUUCGAGAACAAUAAAUAACCAGAAUAUCAGAAUUGAACCGCGUUUCUCAAAUUCUGU